AUGGGUGAUGUAGAAGAGACAAUCAAGCUGAGAAAGAACUUGGAAGGCGACGAGCACAGAAGCUCCAAAAUCAACACUGCACCGAGCGCAUCGAACAAAUGCGGAGGCAACCGCAAAACUUUUAAUAACAUGGCGACCACUUAUAGUCCACAUGAUCAGCUCAGUCCUCUUCCAAAAGGCGGCGAGUUGUCCCUCUGUGUAAGGUGCGUAAUCACCGAAGUCUGCUCGGGGAUUCAAGGCACACCCUUGACGUGCACCACCUCGGAGCGCUGUGAAACCAUACCUGGCCUCUGA